CACUUUUACAAAAAUGUGUUUUUACACAUUUGUUAAAACUGUCACUAUGUCCUGACAGUAUAAUAUGAAACAAACAAAAAACAACAAGCUCCUCCUCUCUUGUAGCAACACAUCAGCUUCCUUCCCUUAUUUUAACAUGUCAACCAUUGCUACACUAACUUUGUGUUGAAGGUUGGUUUCUCCCUCAUACUCAGUGACUGAUUAGAUUCACAGUUUAAAUAUUGAUUUUUCAUGUUUGCCUCGAUAAAGACGGCCUUAGCGGCUUCUUCGUCUGUGCAAAGAUGGUGGACUUUGGGGAAAUUCUGGAGACCGUCGGAGACUUUGGCUUCUUCCAAAGGCUUCUUCUCCUCGCGUUGGCCUCUCCACAUUUUUUGCUCCCACUUUUCUUCUGCAGCUUCCUUUUCACCCAGUCCGACCCGGAGCGCCACUGCAACACGGACUGGAUCCUCAGGGCUGCUAACCUGACCGCAGGGGAGCAGCUGAACCUCACCGUGCCCAGGGAGGAGGAUGGGAGCUUCAGCCGCUGUCGGAUGUUCGUCCCUGUGGACUGGGACAUCCAGGAUAUCAGGGAGUACGGCCUCAAUGAGACAACAGGCUGCAGGGAUGGAUGGGUUUAUGGCAGCAUGCUGUAUGAAUCCACCAUAGUUACUGAUUUUGAUCUUGUCUGUGAGAAGUCUAACAUGGCGGCAGUCACUCAGACCAUCUUCAUGACGGGUAUGCUCGCAGGCUCGUUCAUCUUCGGACCAGUUGCCGACUCGUAUGGCCGCAAGAGAACCAUUCAGCUCCCAGUCGUCUUCCUCUUGAUAUUUCUCGUAGUUGCCGGAGUGUCUCCAAAUGUUCACGUUUACAAUGUGUCCCAGUUUAUUGUUGGAGCGGCGCUGGGAGGAUACAGGAUGAACUCUAUAGUGUUGGCUACAGAAUGGAUUGGGAUCACUAAAAGGUCCCUUGCCUCCUGUGUGAGCCAGGUGUUUGGAAGUUUCGGACAGUGUGCGUUGGCCGGGCUGGUCUACUUCGUCCGUGACUGGAGGAAAGCGCAGUACGUGGUGGCAGGGGCAGAGGCCGUGGUGUUCCUCUACAUCUGGUGGAUUCCCGAAUCGGCCCGGUGGCUCCUGGGGCGGGGAAGACCAGAGGAAGCCAAGGAACUGAUCCGAAAAGCUGCAGCGAUCAAUAAAAAGGAAAUCCCAGAGAACCUGUUUGACAAGGUAAGCGAGGAGAAAAAAGUGGAAAGUGGAGGAAUCAAAACGAUUUUUACCUCAGCAGUGCUGAUAAAACAUUUCUUCAUCAUAUCCUUUGCCUGGUUUUCGUUGAACCUGGGCUACUUCUGCCUCGUUCUCAACGUGGGCAAGUUUGGUCUGGACAUCUUCCUGGUCCAGUUUCUGUUCGGGAUUUCCGAGGUGCCGGCACAUCUCCUCUGCAUCUGGUUCUUAGAGUUUUUGGGACGGAAAAAAUCGCUUUUAUCAACUCUCCUCAUAGCAGGGGUUGUUUGCCUUUUAACCCUGGCUUUUCCUCAAGACAGCGCUGUAGCCGUGACAACCCUGGUUACCAUAGGGAAGUUCUUCUUGAACUGGGCCGGCUCGGUGUGUCUGGUUUACAUUCAAGAACUGUUUCCUACUUCUAUCAGGCAAACUGCAGUGUCUUUGGGCUCCAUUGCCUUUAGAAUUGCAGGGUUGCUGUCGCCGUUGCUCAACAUGCUGGCUGUGUACCACCACUCCAUUCCCAUCAUAGUCUUUAGCAGCCUGGCUGUGCUAAGCGGAGCGCUGGUCUUCCUGCUUCCUGAGACCAGCAGAAAAGAUCUUCCUGAUUCAACCACUGAUGGCAAGAGCAAUGGGGAUUUGGCCAACGAGAAGACUGGAAGUGAGAUCUUCGUGGCUGAAAUCCACACCAGAAAAUCAACCAAACUCUAAAGGACACAGAAAACCUUUUUGUUGUUUUUUGUUGUUUUUGUUGUUGUUGCUUCUUUUGGAUCCUAAGUUUAAAUCCACCAACUGGGAGAGGACGUCGGAAAAGUCGUUUGUUCUGCAGCCUGCUGAACGGACAGGUUUUGUGUAACGGGCGAGCGAUCAGUUCUCCGUGCAGAAUAAGUUGGAAGCAUCAAGUUCAAUAAAUCAAGAAGAUACAAAUUAACAUUUUUAAAAUGUAAAAUAAAUUGUGUUCUCUGUUAGGAUUUUGGGGUCAGGGGCAAAAUAUAUUCUACCCAUAGGGUAAUGUUAAGAGUUGAUCUAUGUUUCCCAGUACACAGGGAGGAUGACUUUGUGAGUUUUAAUUAGAUUAAAACAUAAAUCUAUCCUUCCUGGUAACCCUGAAAUGCUUCUCACAGACUGUGUAUAGCCUGAUCUUGAAAUGUUUAUGCACAUGUACAUUUUCUACCAUUUUUAAUCUCAAACUGACUUCAUAGUAACUUAUUGACUGGUUACGUAACGACCCGGAUGGAUGACAUGUGUCUGGCAAUAAAACAGUCGACGUUA